UACCCGAGCAUCAUCAAGUCUGUUGGCUGGGGCAAUGUGGCCAAAGAGAGGAGAACUGAUCCCGUCCUCGCAUCCAUCCUCGACAACCUGUGGGACCAGUCCAAGCACCAGCCGGGCAUAUACCAUCAACAAAUUGUCGACGAUAACGGCGAUUCGCCAUCUGGUCUUGAGAUCUUGGAGGUGGUCAAGCACAUUCUGCGAUACGUCAAGGGCUGUGGCAACGCAGCGCUGACAAAAGACAUCAGAACUCGCGAAAUGGCUCCAGUGGACAACGGUCUCGUCAACGCCAUCGACAACCUCCACGCUCAAGACGGCCCAAGCCCACGCAGCCAAGUCACAAUGGGAGUCACGCAGCAGCCAGGCUUUCCGUACCGUCACUACUUGUGGACGGAGAUCUAUCCUUCUCCCGUGAGGGCGAAGAAGGCUAACGAGUUCGAUGACGGGCAGCUCCAAAUCUCGCCCGCUAAGCCGAAUCGCUAUUGGCGUUUGGUUGACAGGCGCGUUAAAGUCACCAUCGCUUUCUGUCGAAACCUGCGAGAACGGAUUAAGCAGCUCUCUCCCGUCGACCAAGCAAAACCCCUCGAAUGGCCUUUGGUCGAGGUUGGCUAUUCUAACAACUGCGUCAACCGUUUGUACGAACACGCAAGCCACUACAACUCGAACUAUUUGAUGGGCUUGUUCGACGCAUACCUGACUGAGCUUCGUUCCCGGCAGCCAGGCACCAUCAAAAAGGCGUACCACAUCGACCAAACGGUCAUAUUCCUCAUCUUCCAGCCGUGGAUGGCCGAGCUGGCCAAGAUCGCCAUGAUCAAGCUGGCCGAAGCAUACCUGGAGAACGGUGGUGGUUUCACACACUACCCGCCCGGCCUGAGCAACUCUUCGGCAUACUCUGUCUCGUCGCUUGUGUGGAGCAAAGCUGAAAUGUACGUCGCCCAGAACUUGGCACGGAACAUGAACAGAAAGAAAGAGCUCGAAGCAACAGAA